ACGAGAAACCCGUUUCGGAUCCAUUUAACUCCAAAGUCGUCGACUUUGAUAUUUUUCACAAAUUGUUGAUUGUUAUCCGUCUUUUCAAAAUUGAAGGGUUUCAGGUUUCGUUUUAAUCUUAAACGAAACGUAAAGGUUUCGAUCUUUCUUCAAAUGUUUCGGCCCUUUUAUCUCCCACUCUAUCAGAUCUGCAUUUGUGUCCUUCGUUGUCCACUUGCCACAACUGUUUUUUCUAUGAGUAAACAUGCCUACUGAGACUGAUAAAUGGGGUUGGAAACAUGUUAGUGUGUUUGGUGGAUUUGAUAAAGGUAGUGGUACAAAAAGAUGGAAAUGCAAUCAUUGUAAUGUAAGAUACAAUGGUUCCUAUUCACGUGUGAGGGCCCAUCUUCUUGGAUUCACUGGUGUUGGCGUGAAAAGUUGUCCAGCAAUCGACAAAUCUUUAAGAGAAGAAUUCCGGAUAUUAGAAGAGGAACGCCUUCACAGGAAAAAGAAAAAAAAUCCUCUUAGUGCAAAGAUUGGUAAGCGCAUGAAGAAUUGCCAAUUGAAUUUCGCUAGCCCGAUUAGAACUCUUGCUAAAGAGGAUGUAGAUGAGACUGUAGCCAGAUUUUUUUAUGCUGAUGGAUUGAACAUGAAUGUAGUGAACUCCCCAUACUUUCGAGAAAUGAUCCGAGCAGUUGCAGCUUAUGGUCCUGGAUAUGAACUCCCCUCUAAACAUAUGCUGUCGGAUACCUGUCUAAUUAAAGAAAAAGCAAAGCUGGAAAAAGCCAUAACCUUAGUCAGGGAGUCCUGGCCUCACACAGGAUGCACAAUUAUAUGUGUCAAUCGUGUUGAUGGAUCCCUUGGAUGCUUUUGUAUUAACUUCUUCAUUGCGAGCCCAAGGGGUGUUAUGUUUCUGAAAUCAAUUGAUAUAAAUGAAGGGGAUGAAGCUGACAAUUUAUUCAUCAAUGUACUCAGUGAUGCAAUAGUAGAAAUUGGGCCCAGAAAUGUAAUUCAAAUAAUCACCCACCUUGGCCAGGCAAGUAGUGCUUUUGAAUCUGUUAUAUUAUUAAAGUUUCCUCAUAUAUUUUGGUCCCAUUGCACUUCACAUUCUAUCCAUCUUCUUAUGGAAGCGAUUGCUGAAUUGGACUGGAUGAAAGCUGUUGUUUUGUGUGCUAGAGGAAUUGAGCAAGUUAUUUCAUCUUACCAACGAUAUUCGUCUUGUCUUUUGUACAAUUCAAUGGAGAUUUCUGAUUCUCUGUCUUUGAAGUUUGCACCUUCAUUCUGUUUGGUCCAAAGAAUUUUUCAGAUGAAGGAAGAAUUGCAAGAUUUAGUCAUGAGCAUUGAGUGGAAACAAUGGAAGGUUACUGAUUUAUGUGAUGUUGUCAAUACAGAAGCCACUGUGUUAGGGGACGAAUUCUGGGCUAGGGCUCAGCUGAUGUUGCAGCUUAGUGAACCUUUUGUUAGACUACUUGCUACGUUCAAUAUCGACAAAUCUGUCAUGGGGGAUGUGUACAACUGGCGGGUUCAGUCACUUGAAGCUGUGAGGAGCAGGGGCAUUGAUGACAUUGCACUUAGUCAAAUGGAGUUACUGAUAGAGAGCAGAUGGGAUAUGCUAUUUUCCCCCCUCCAUGCAGCCGGCUACAUGCUGAACCCAAAAUAUUUUGGGAGAGGUCAGAGCAAGGAUAAAACUGUUAUGCGGGGAUGGAAGGCCACUCUAGAACGAUAUGAGCACGAAAGUGCUACAAGGCGUUUACUAAGAGAACAACUUAGUGUUUAUUGGAGAUCCGAGGGAUCAUUCGGAGAGGAAGAUGCUGUCGAAUGUAGAGAUAAGAUGGACCCAGUUGCUUGGUGGGAGAAUUUUGGUUUUGAGACACCCCACUUGCAGACUUUAGCCAUAAAGGUGCUGAGCCAGGUUUCUAGUGUGUCGCUGUGUAGAGAUAGUGGUCAAUGUGACAGCCUUCCAUGUCGAGAAACUGUGAAAAAGAUGGGAGUGGAAAGAGUGGAGGAUCUUGCGUUUGUGAGAAACAAUCUUGGCCUUCUGAGCCUAAAACAUGGAAGCAUAAACUUUAUAUCUAUGCCUAAAAGUGGGAAUAUGUGUUGUUUGACUGGAUGUUGAUAGCUAUGCAUUGUUCUGAGAUGAAGUGUUAAAGUUCAAGGCUUGUACAUGAAUAUAAAUAUCUGUUGCCAAUAUCUUCAGGUUGGUGGACUUCAUUUAUGCAGCCAACCUGAAGAUAUUACACUGCCCAUUGAUGGAUCAGUAUACAACUAUAACUCGGGAUGGACUUUUUCGGAGCCGGUAUUUGUCUACUGAAGUUAAUUUUACUCUGAAACAUUUUACAAGUCGAUAUAUUGUGCAUUUUACUUCACUGCAAAGGGGUUUCUCAGAGAAAGGCCGUGUUUCCGAGAUAAUAGCAUGUUGUGUGUGUAUAUUGCAGGCUGAGGCACAUUUGAUUAACUUACCAUUAGCAGCGUCUUGCAAGAUGUGAUUGGAUAAAAAUGAUGGCCUAUGAUACUGUUCUAUAUGUUAUAUACUUCCCCGUCCAAUUAAGAUUGUCCUAUUUGACCUUAGAAGCUCCCACAUAUAAUGGUCAAAUGAAGCAAUUUUAGUGGGACAGAGAGAGUGUGUGCAGUUAUUAAUGCUGAUUAAUUUCUUGUGAUACCGCCCAACAUUGUUUACAUGCUUUUCUUUUUUAUAUCAGCACAUAUUUUUCUUGA